ACAACAACUACGAACGAAUCCGUUAUAAAACCCAACCGGAUCGUUGUUUGCGCACAGAUCGUCACUCACACAAGAACGAUCCACCACGUUUGCUCUUACCCUUCUACUCUUUCUCAAUCUCCAAUGGAAUCAGAAACUCUAACCAGCACGAUCGUGACCGAGACCCAGACAGAGUUUGAGAAGAAUCAGGAACAGUACCAAGCCCUAAUCUCCACUCUCCCUCACAAGGAAGGCUGGCAACCUGAAGAUCCCCUGAUUGAGUUCGGUGGUCACUGGUGGCCACAGUAUUUCCUCGAAGGUUGUCUUUACGCGCAAGACUUCUUUCAAGCCCGACCCAACGACUUCCUCGUCUGUAGCUACCCAAAGACCGGCACCACUUGGCUCAAAGCCCUAACUUUCGCCAUCGCCAAUCGAUCACGCUUCGACGAUUCCUCCAACCCUCUCCUAAAACGUAACCCUCACGAGUCUGUUCCUUACAUCGAGUUGGAUUUCCCUUACUUCCCCGAAGCAGACGUUCUCAACGACAAAGGAAACACUCUGUUUUCGACCCAUGUCCCACACGGGUCAUUACCCGAUUCGGUUGUUAAAUCGGGUUGUAAGAUGGACACUUUCAUCUCCUUGUGGACAUUCAUCCAGAGGGAGAGGUCGGAACUUGGACCAGUUCCUCUCAACAAUCUUGACGAGUGUUUUGAUAUGUUCUGUCGAGGUCUGUCUGCGUAUGGUCCUUAUCUUGAUCAUGUCUUGUCGUAUUGGAAGGCUUACCAAGAGAAUCCAAAUCAGAUUUUGUUCCUCAAGUACGAGGAUAUGAGACCUGAUCCGUUGCCGUACGUGAAGAGAUUGGCCGAGUUCAUGGGCCAUGGAUUCACAGCUGAGGAAGAGGAGAAAGGGGUUGCUGAGAAGGUGGUGAAUCUUUGCAGCUUCGAGACGUUGAAGAAUCUUGAAGCUAACAAAGGUGAUAACAUGAGAGAGGAUCAUGCAGCUUAUUAUGCGAAUAGCGCUUAUUUCAGGAAAGGAAAAGUUGGAGAUUGGGCCAAUUAUCUGACUCCGGAGAUGGCUGCUCGCAUCGAUGGGAUAACGCAAGAUAAAUUCAAGGGCACCGGUUUGCUUGAGCUUGGUAAA